AUGUCUUUUAGCUUUGGAAACCCGGCAGGCGGAGAAAAGAAGACGGGCACUCUGUUUGGAAGCACCACAGCACCAGCUGGCGGUCUUUUCGGUCAAUCGCAGCAGCAACAGCCGCAGCAGUCGAACACGACACAGUCCAGCCUCUUCGGCUCAUCAACCGCCCCUCAACAGAACAACACCAAUAGCCUGUUUGGCUCGACACAGCCGCAGCAACAGCAGCAGAACUCGGGAUCGAGCUUGUUCGGCCAGCCCCAACAACAACAGCAGAACGCAGGCUCAAGCCUCUUCGGACAACCUCAGCAGCAACAACAAAAUGCCGGCUCAAGUCUGUUUGGCCAGCCUCAGCAGCAACAGCAACAGCAACAGCAGCAGCAGCAGCAGGGGCAGCAACAACAGCCAAACAUGAGCAACAGCCUCUUCGGCGCCUCAUUGCAGCCUGCGCCCGUCCUGAACAACAUUCAGGCGCAAAGCAUCCAACAACAGCGCGAAGGGCUUCCGCAGUUGCGCCAGUCCUCCGCGCAACCUUUCGCUGCUAAUACCAUGAACGGUCACAGAGAGAAGUCGGUCAUCGAGCAGAUACGGAUCCUGAAUAACAAGUGGGAUCCCAGCAGCCCCGAAUGCGUCUUCCAAUACUACUUCUACAACUCGGUCAAGCCUGAAGAAGCGCCCUUCUAUGGUCCCUCGCAGGGUGAAGACGAACGGAAAUGGGAGGAGGCUUUGUCUAAGAAGCCAAGUCCAGGUGCUAUUCCCGUGCUUGCGCGUGGCUUUGAGCAGGUUGGAGAACGCAUCAAGCAACAAGCCGCCGCUGUCACCGCGCUACGAACCCGCCUGCACGAGAUCAAUAAUGCACUGUCGCUUCUCAAAGACGCCCAUGAGCUGACGGUAGCAUCGCGCAUCACCGAAGCUAAGCGCAAGCAUGUCGUCUUCACUCAGCGGACACUGGCCCUUGCAACUAAGGUCCAGAUCUUACGAAACCGGGGAUACGUUAUGGAUCAGCCAGAGGAGGAACUGAAGAAGAAGCUCAUCGAGUUGGAGAAGCAGACCUUUGAUCCUGUACUUGGCGGGCGACAAGAGGAAAUCUGGGCGCGCAUGUCCGGUGUGCGGGAGCGGGCGCGCAUCCUACAAGAGGAGACUGAGAAGCUGGGCAAGACGAUUGACCAGCAGCAAAAUGGUGAACUUCUUACAGAUGAAGAUCAGAAGGCGUUGGAGAAGCUCCUCAAAGACUACGACCGACAACUCGAGCACCUCAAGAAGUGGGUCGACGACACCAGAGACGAAUACGACGAGUGGGAGACUGCAAAGCAAUCAAGGCCAGCAAAGCGAUAA